UGGCAAACUAUCAGAGGCACUUCACACAGACUUCUGUAAUGAAUUGCUUAGUCCUUGUGAGCUGUUCGAGGCCAGGUCUCGAAGCCAUAAGAUCCCAGUGCGAGGUCAGAAGGAGUUCUUGCCCGACAACUCAGAUGAGCAGGGCAAACGGCUGCAACACAGCCUGGAUGAGCAUUGGGCUCUGCUGGCAGAGGAGCGAGUAGAGAGACAAGGGAAUUUGGUGAAAGCUGUUUGGAUCCCACAAGAUAAAAUAGUGGAGCUGCAAUCACCAGCGGGGAAAUUUUGGCAGACCAUGGGGUUCUCUGAUCGUGGGAAGCAGUGCUUGCUGCCUGAGGAGGCUCUUUACUUAAUGGAAUGUGGCAACCUGCAGGUGUUGUAUCGUGACCUUCCUCUGUCCAUACAGGAGGGUUAUGAGCUGUUUCUCACCCUGGAAACAGUGAGUCUCCAGCAGUAUCAGGUGUUUAGCCAUUUGAAGAGACUGGGUUAUGUGCUGACCAGAUUUGAUCGCAGUACUGUGCCCACCCAGUAUGAGAGACAGCUGAAUUUAACCCAUUGUCGUGACAAACAGGGCAAGCACCUAAAGAGGAAACGCAGUCAGAGCCCCACCGCAAGGUAUCCAAACUCUGCCAUUACACCAUCCACUCACACCACACCCCACUUUCACAGGCCCAGAACAGAGACUCCAUCCCAGGGGGAGGCCAUGGAGUCCAGUUCCAAUUCGGGCGGCACUCCGGGCAGGAGUUGGUGGAUUCGGGAAGGCGACGAUCCCCAGCCAACUGGCACACAGAAUCCAGACCCUCGCUGGGACUUCAUGACCAUCUCUUUCCCAGAUUUAGGCUCCAGGAGGACAAGGUGUGAAUCUCUUGCCUCUCCUGAGCCUUCCUUGUUACCUGGGGCUCUGAGGGUUGGGAGCUGUGAUGUAGGUGCCUGGUUAGGAAAGCUGAACCUGAAACAGGAGAGGCUGUCACGAAGGGAGAGAGAGAGACAGAGAUACAGGGAUCGCUACAAGCGCGACGUCAACAAUGACCCCGAAGUACGACGCUGCAGAAACUGGGCGGAGUAUGCAGAACUGCUGGAGAGGAGGAGGAGCCAACGGAGGCGGGAGAGACCAGCCAACCUAUGGGAAGGCAGCGUCACGCCCCUUACUCAGCCGGGGGAGUGCCUCUCACAUGGAGAACUUCUCGAGAGGAUUAGUGUGGUGGAACCCUCUCAUCUGUUUGAUGCAGCUUCUAGGUUAGCCAGCUCAGAUGAGUGGAGCAUCUGUUUCAAUGUUUACCAACCUGACACGGUUGCAGAGUUUAAGAAAAGUGAUCCAGGAAGGCCGUACACACGCUUGUGCAUUUGCAGCUUUGAUGGGCCAGUGCCUGAACUGCAUGCUAUAAAGCAGCUGUCGCUCCAAAGUGGAGACGUCCCUGUCACAUUUGCCGUGGUGGAUCAUGGGGAUGUUUCCUUCUACUGCUUUAAGGACUUCCAGUUGCCUGUUGAUGUGGUCAGUUGAGGGGACACACCGUGAUCUUAUGGACCGGUUUUAACUGUGUGUGGUUCUAGAAUGCCACAAGUGGAGCUUUGUGAAAAUGGAACUCUCAGGAGUAAAUAGACGUU